AGGUUAGUCUCGCCGCGUCUUCUGAGGGAAUAAGAACUGAAAGUUCUAAGAGUGUUUAGUUGGUUUAUAUUGAUAUGUGAUUAACAGGAAGUUUCAAAAAUCCGGUUUAGUGUAUCAAAAAUAAGAAAAUGUGGAUCCUCAAACUCGUUAUAUUCACUGUUUUAGCAGUUCAAAGUGUAUAUCCACAAGCUCGAUCAUGUUACACACCAAACGGUGUAAUAGGAGUCUGUCAGUCGUUGCCGAAUUGCCCCACCUUAGUGCGCCUCUAUCAGUACGAUAGGAGCAGACAGACUGUGAAUUUCUUAGUCGCGUCGCAACGUAACUGUGGCAAUCGAGUUUCGGGAGGUUAUCCCGUACUCUGUUGUACCGAUGGGGUGCAGUAUGAUCCCAAUCCGACAACUCGUUCACCUUUCGUGGAAGUACCAACGACGACGACGACCACUACAACUACUACCACAACUACCACCACUCCAAGGCCCACGACGCAGGCCCCUACAUCGUUGGCCCCCAUCCGUCUAGCUGAUUGCAUUGGACCGGAUAAUAAAGAAGGAAAUUGCAUUAGUUUACGAGCAUGCCCCUCAUUACUGAAUGAAUUCUUGCAACGGCAAAAAGAUCCCGAAUACGUCAGGUUCAUUCAACAAUCGAACGCAAUUUGCAACUACAUACAGCCGAAUGUAUGUUGUCCUCUAGAAGCUUACACACCAGCUCCUCCAAUUCCUCCGCCAACGGUAACACCUCCUGCUCCUCCAGCUCCAUCCACCGAAGGUCCAACUCAACCAAAGAAUAAUGCUCUAACGACACUACCCACCCCCGCUACCGGAUGCGGAUACAGUAAAGUAGAGCACAACCGCGUUGUCGGUGGAGUUCCGGCUGCCCUACAUGGCUGGCCGUGGAUGGCCUUGAUCGGAUACAAGAAUGCUCUCGGAGAAGUUUCGUUCAAAUGCGGCGGUUCAUUGAUUACCAACCGUCACGUGUUAACUGCGGCUCACUGCAUUCGCAAAGAUCUCUCUUCGGUUCGUCUAGGCGAGCAUGACACAUCAACCGAUACUGAAACGAACCACGUUGAUGUUGCCGUAGUGAAGAUGGAAAUGCACCCCAGCUAUGAUAAGAAAGAUGGCCACUCCGAUUUGGCAUUGCUUUAUCUUGGGGAAGAUGUUGCUUUCAAUGACGCUGUCCGUCCCAUUUGUAUGCCGAUCAGCGAUCCCAUCCGUAGUCGGAAUUUCGAGGGUUACACACCGUUCGUUGCCGGAUGGGGCCGAACCCAGGAGGGCGGCAAAUCGGCUAAUGUCCUGCAGGAACUGCAAAUUCCAAUCAUUGCGAACGGAGAGUGUCGGAAUUUGUACGCCAAAAUCAACAAGGCAUUCUCGGAUAAGCAAUUUGACGAGUCGGUAACGUGCGCUGGGGUGUUGGAGGGUGGCAAGGACUCAUGCCAAGGGGACAGUGGUGGCCCACUGAUGUUGCCACAGCGAGAUGGUGUCGACUUUUACUACUAUCAGAUUGGAGUGGUGUCGUACGGAAUUGGAUGUGCCCGCGCGGAGGUUCCUGGAGUCUACACCAGGGUAGCCAAGUUUGUCGAUUGGGUCAAGGAGAAGGUUAAUGAGCCAGUGUAAAAUGAAGAACUAUACUCAGGGUUUUUUCUUAAUGAAAUAAAAAUAAGUUUACCAGUUUUUAAAUCGCAA